UUCUAGUUUUAUUCGAAGUUGAACCUCAGCGAAGUGAUGAGCCGAUGAAAGCGAGUGAGCCGAGUGACCGCACGUAUAACCGAGUGUAGCGAGAGAGCGAGAGACUGUGUUUUGUAACUGAGGGUAUAGUAGCGAGCAAGAGAAGAAGGACAAGUGUGUGAAAUCGAGUCAGCCAGCCCAGACAGACCAGCCAUCUUGGAAAAAAGCUGAAAUUCGAUUUUCGAUUCGCUAAUUACCUAGUUUGUGCGCAAAUUUGUGAUCCUUUCGUCGGUGAAAACGAAACCCGUUGUGAUUUGGAAGCUAAUUUAUAAGGUUCUAAUUUAAGUUUGCAAUCUGUGCCGUAGUAGUUCGUUCUGAGGAGAUUCCCGACGACCGACAACCAACAUCGACCGUGUGCUGUGUGUAAGAGCCCCAUUUCAACGCCAACAGAAAAAGAAGAAGAAUCCACCAUCUUUGAAGUUUUGGGUUUUGCAGUCAGUAGAAGAAGAAAACGAAGCAGUACCACCAACCAAUAGAGCCAGCGGUAACAGCAGUUGGUGAAAAAGUGCAAAUUUUAGAAAUUCACUAACGGUGUGCAGGGUUUUGGUAUUUUUUGGUGUGGCUGCCACAGGCGAUUACUGCAGCAAGCUAAAGUGAGAAACUUGAACCGAUUUUUUCUGGCACUGUGAAGAAGUGCGUUGUAAGUGCGCCAGCAAGGGUGAAGUGAAAACUCGAGAAGAAGAAAACGAAGCAGAAGCAGAGAAAAAUUGUAUUUCAAGUCGAGUGUGUUUGCUGCCGAGUGGCACCUUUUACUGAACCAGUCAGUUCAAAGCUUGAUGUUGAAACGUUUUGAGACGACGUAUUUACACACAGUGGAACACAGAGUCCGUUCGUACAAACGAAUCCUGAGAAAAUGAGAAUAGAAGUUAAUUCGGCUGCGGAUUUUCUGAUGAAUUUGCUGCGAGUAAAAAAAGCAAAUCAGCUAUCCGAGAGCCAGCUACAGCAUUUCAAGGGUUCGUUAGAGCAGAUUUUGACGCGUCAUUUCGCACGCCAUUGGUAUCCUGAUGUUCCUACCAAGGGUUCCGGUUUCCGCUGUCUACGGAUCAACGGCAAAAUGGAUCCGAUUAUCGAGAAGGCUGGUAACGCUGCGGGUUUAAACUCGGUCGCACUUCGAAAGAUGCUACCUCUAGAGCUAACAAUCUGGAUCGAUCCGGAUGAGGUGUCGUACCGAAUUGGCGAGAACGGUACCAUCUGUGUGCUGUACGAUCAACAGCUAAGCCGUGCCAGUCCCUCGUCGGAUCUUGAUUCGACGGGUAGCAGUAGCUGUGAUGAAUUCAUUAUGGAACGAGUCGGCCGACUGGAUCUGUCGACGUCGUCAGAUAGUGGUACUAGUGUUAUGGUAGAUUUUAUGGACGCCAAUCCAUCGAAUUCGCUUGUAACGCAGAGCAAGCACAACAAGUACAACAACAAUCAUCAUCAUAAUAAUCAUCAUUACGUGAAGCGUCAUAACAACAGCGUCAGCUCGUCAUCCAGUGGACAAACUAGUCCACCGCUUAGUCCACCAUACAACGGCUACAACAAUAGCAACAACUUUAACAACAACAGAUAUCAACAUAAUAACCAACACAACAAUUUCUACUCGCCAUCCGUUCAUCAGCAGCAACCAUACUUCCCCUGGGACAACCAGUUCGUUAACAACAAAGUUCGUACGCAGUGUUAAGUUCAAAUACGAUGUACUGGUCCCAUUCGCUCGCCCUGGUUUGCAAAAAAAAAAAAAGGAUUACCAAUCCACUAAAAACUAUUCAUAUCAAACAUCUUAUGGGGGCAAACCAGGGGUGGGCGAAUAAAACCAUUCUCCAACAACAUCAUGGAUAGCAACACUUCGAGUUAGAGGGCCCCAUCUGCGGAGUGCGAGAAUUUACGUCAACGAGGACAACUUCUGAAUGCGGUUAGAACAUCAACCAAAUCAGGUAAUUCUUCAAUUACCAAACGAUCGAUACUCUAUUUAUGAUGAGAGUAAUAGGUAGUAGGUUAAGUCCAAAAUUGUAGAAGACAAUGGGAAAGCAUUUCAAGAUAAACCACAGUAACUAUAUAUUGUAACAUCUCCCAAACAUAGAACGAAAUUCGAUUAACUUGAAACGGAAGUGUUGCUGACUUAGAAACCACAUACAAAACUAUCCUUAAACUGAAUAACAAUCAUUGGAAAAAUCACACAAUAACCGGAAAACCAACCCGCAUGGAACUGAACAAGGCAUAACGAAUAAACGGAAAACUGAAACAGGAAUCUAUAUGUAAUAAUUAUGGUGUAGAAAUAUUGCUUCAAAGCUGCGAACGUCAAGUGGGGAAUCUUCCCCAACUAUGAAAAUACCGUGAAAUAGAAACGAAAGGAUUGUGAACCAAGAAUGCGCUUUUACAACACAGGCUGCUACAUUCAACUGAAGAAAAAAUAAUAAUCGUACAAUCGUUUAGAAAUAAAAGGUCAUCUGCGUCGUAACGAGAGAGAGGGAAAAAUAGGCAUCUCGCGCGUAUUUUGCAUUGUAGGAUAGUUAGAGACGAACGUUAGGCAACAACAAAUCGAAAAGGGUUUAUCAAGAUCGAGUGAUAGGAUAGCUUAGGGAUUCUCCCAUUCAUCCAUUACCCCCUUGUAUCCAUAUUGCCAAAUGUUGAAACAAAUGCACAAAAAUGGUCUUGGUUGCUAUCGCUACUAAUGUGGGAUGAUUCUAGUCGCUGCUUCGCUUUUUGACUGUUCAAAAAUUGAUGUGUGGCUAAUUUAGGGCUUACGAGAGCUUCAAAAUGGUUCCACAUUGAGCUUUACCAGUUAACAAGCAUGGUGCGUAUCUGGGCGACUUAGAAACGUAGAUUGAAUAUAUGCAUUUAAGUCGAACUGAUCUGUGCUUCUGCUUCUGCACGGACAGUGAGUUAAUCGCUACAUAAAUUUGCUCGCAGUUUGCUUCUUCUGCUUCACGGCUUUGUCGUGUUUCCUACUUCUUCCUUCGGUUAUGCAACGGAUCUUGGAAGAGCUCAUUUCCUUUGUUCGUUUUAAACGGUUUUUCAUCGCCCAUCUUUCGAUCGUAUCGAAAUUUCCUGUGACUACUUAAAAAUAUGAUCACCUGUUGUUUCUGUUUCUUUUACUUACUUUUUUCGAUGGAGCUUCCAAAGUGGAAAACGUGAAGCAAAGAAGCAUACAGGCGACAAAGGUUCAGUUGGCGAACUAGCAACCAAGAGACCAGAACACCUUUUAAGCGGAUGCGACGUGUACGGUAGUGACGAGUAAGUGGCAGGGAAAAAGGUCAACCAUUGAAUAAGAGGAGCGAGAGAGUAGAAAAGGAUCGAAAGCCAUAAAUUUUAACAUCUGAAAUGUGUUUCGAAACUCGUCCCUGGUGGUACGAUACGGGCCCCGUAGACGAUAAUGAUAGUCUCUAUUGAGCAAAACAAAAAAAAGUUGCUAUUCAUCGUUGCAGCAAGAAAAAAACUAGUUUUUUUGAGAUCGCUUUAUUGGUAUUGGUGUAAGUUUGAACUUCGGCCGACCCGUCCUCGUUUGUGUGUUGGUGUUCGUGCGUACGUCGUCUUCGCCUUCGCUACCAUCGGGCAACCAUUGGUAGACGUGAGCAAAAUAAAGAAGACGAAAAUGGGCAUUUGUUUUUGUCUGUCUCCUUUAUCUUGCUCUUGCUCGGUGGUGGAGUUCGUGUUUCGUGGAUAUAAUUCAUUGCUUCUUUUUCUUUGCCGUUCAACGAACGUGUCUACUACUAAAUUACAUUGGUGCACGGGCUCUUCAUCGCUGCAGCCGUUUCGUUUCCAAUUGAGCCCUCCGGGGCUUCGCCAUUGUUGAACGUUGAACGGCUACGUGAUUGACUGUUCGUGUGGAGGUGUUUACUAUUUUUGCGGCGAAUGUUUGCACCAUAGAUUGGUGUACUACUUAUUGCCAACAUUAAACACCUAUACAGAUUUAUUAUUAGGUAGAUGAACGUCUCAAGCUUUGCUCUGUUUCAAAUCUGGUCGCACAACUACUAUUCGCACAGACGACGAAGUAGGCUAGACAAGAGGGUUGUGUAAGCUGUGGUGUUACCAAUGACAACUCAGCAACAUGGCUAGCUGCGGUUGAACAUUACCACUAAUACAAUAGAGCGCAGUAGACGGGCCGGGUUGCCUCGAGCACCGUACAUAGGUAUCGUGAAAGGUGCAGGCUUUCAAUACUACUACGAAGUCGUGAGCAGCGGGGGUUGAGCAUACGAGAGGAAGUCAUCAGCACUAUACUCUGCGAUGAGUCAUCCCUCGGCGCCUUUUGCCACCGUAGUAUUAUAGAUCGUUCGGCUUGAGAGAUUGGUUUCGAAACACAUUUUCCAAAAAAAUGGCUGAAUCCAUCGACCCAGCCAACUGUGCGAUAACUUAUAAGGGAAAUCGAGGGAAAUGAAGAAAUCAUUUUAUAAUCGUAAACAAUACAAAGACCCACCGUCCAACAAUAAAAUCCCGUUUAGGGAAGCAAGUUGAACAUCUAGCUAGAAACCAAGCAAGAAGGAUGCGACGAGAAGAACCAAGGAAGGCAACCUAACGUGGAACAAAUUCUAUACAUUAUAUGUAUAUUCCAUAGUUUUUUUUUUAAAUCGUUGAUAAUCUCUACAUAAAGUGGUUUAGGUUCAACUUCCUGAGUCUUUUUCGAAAAUUUGAACAACGCCAGCUCGGGAUCAUUAGGAUUAGAAUAAGGCUUCCUGGUGGGAAAGGUUGCAUGCGGUAAUGAGCGAACGAAUGAACGAUUGGCAUGAGAGAAGGAACGGUACAAAGUCGUUACACUAUUGUCAAUUUUAAUAGCUUUAUCCGCGAUUAUGGUGGUGUGGAAGAGAAGAGGCAUUUGCUUGCCGUAGUCUUCCGCGUUGGGACGAGCAAAAGUGCUUGCGAAUAAAUACGAAACAAAUCAACACACAUCCAACUAACGAACGAUCUCUCUUUGAAGGCAGCAGAGUACGCAGAGUGGGAUAGAAGAGGCUAACAGCUAACGCGAACGACGAGUGCGGAAACUGGGAAAGAGGCUGAACAAACUGCAGCAUAGCUAGGCUGGCUAAGCUAUCGCUUCAACUUGAGCUGAGCUCAAGCGGGCUUGACUUUGCGCGCUCCGCUAGGCGGCAGUGAUUAAUUUGAAUGAUAUUGAGCUGCAAACGUGAUUUCCUAGUUGGGAGUUGCGAUUCGUGGGGGUUCGAAGCGGCAACCGCUGCUGGGCAAUGGGGCUAUCUUUUUCGUGAAAUGCUCAAACUAAAGGGCAGAUGUUGUCGGAAAGCUAAAAUUUCACUAAACAUUUGAGUUUCGAAAGUAAACCGAGAUUAAACAUGAUUCCAAUAUGUUUAAUAUGAUCAUUUUUUAAAUACAAAUCUACGCUAAUAGUUGCCAUUUUUUGGUAGGGAUGGCGAGAUCUGGCGGUUGGCUUAUGUCGUUUGAUAACAAAUUGAUUAGAUCGAUCAUCAAACCUAUCGAUCAGCUGUCCAACGCCCUGAGCCAAACGUCAGAUUGUUUGAUCAGUACCAGAGAGCGAGCUUGCUUGUGGAGUCCAUUAGAAGCAAGUGAGCUGUAAGACUAAUGAGUAUUCAAAACCUUCCCAAAAACAUUACUUCAGCUUUCUUAAUUUGUAACCAGGAAAAAAGCAUGCCAAAACUGGUUCCUUGUCAGCUGGACCCCACCAAAGUUUGCGUGCGAAAGCUGCGGGGAUCUCGCAAUAUCCCCUUCGGUGGCUUAAUUAAUGAGGAAAUGUUCGGAAAUCAGCCACUUUUCCUACGUCGAUCACCUGAAAACUGCUUUCCUCGACCACCGACAGGCCGACUACAGCGCGUGCAUUCAAACUGCUCGCCACAGACCUGACAGUCGCUGUUGUGAAACGCCGUCCGCGUCCGGAUUUCACCUGGCCGAUUGUCAGUCCGUCAUUGCGUUGCCAUAUUUGGUCCGCGACGGUGCGACGACAGAAGAAAUCGCAUCUCGACGAUCAGCGACAGGGUGAAAUCAGGGCUGGCGUCAGUACCGAUGCUUUUAACUCAGUAGGCGCCGGAACAGAUGCGCUGCGAAACAAUAGAGAGCCACGGGGUUCAUUUACGUCGAACAAUGGAAAGGAGCGAUAAAUUACGAACGUUAAACUCUCUUUUGUUUUUCAGCAGUGAUGUGUAGGUGUAGAAUGAUCCGCAGAAGGUUUACAACUAACACUUCACUACUCCCACAUUCCUAUUGUUUUUCUUGCAUAAGGCUUUGAUGGUUUUAAUGCCUACGCGUUUUAAAAUAUAAAGCACACGCUCGUUUAAAAUUUGACGUUACGAACGCAAACUCACAAAAAACAAUUCAGUUUAAAUAUAGUUGGUCCUUGGGGGAUCAUGUUUCUAUUCUAGUCCGGUGAGUGAUUUGUCAUUCGAAAUUACCACAUUUCAACAGUUUCUUACACAUGUACGUACGUCUCGCUUCGAGGGGUCCAAAAAAGGCCGUCAGAUGACGAAAAAAAAAUGGCGAAUCCGCUACCGUUUGCGAAUGCAAUGGCGGCGGCGGCGUUGCGUGACUUCGCCUCGUUUUUUUUUUCGUUUGCCGAUUUGCAUUUCAUUAGCGUUUAUAAAUUACCUUUUUCGCGUUCGUUUUCUCCCUAUGCAAUGAAAGGUUUUCGUUUGCUCUUCGGAGUGGAAAAUUACCACGACCAUCGAUGAGAUAAGAGCUCGUCUCGUCAAGUCGAGCGCGGUUGCGAUCGCAGCAGUCGCUUUUAGCUUGCAUGCUGUCAUUCAAGUUUGAAUUUGACGUUUCGCUCAAAUGCGAAAAUAAUAUCGAAGAAUUUGUCCAAUGCGAUAUCGCGCAAGCACAAGCGCUGCUUUGUGGCCGCGAGUGACCUAAAACGUGACGUAUACUUUGUUUGCGACUGACAACGCGGCGCUUCAAUCCGGUUCUAAGUAGAUGCGCAUUGCCAUUAUUUCACGUCGUUCGUGCGUGUAUGAGUGUGACGCCAAUCUAGUUAGCCUCGGAUCGGAUUGCUGACGACCGUUUGACGUCACAAGCAGGGGAGCAACAGCGUUCGAGGUUUGUUUCUAGUUAGAAUGUUGUUUUUUUUUUGCGGUGAGAGUACGAGCGAUUGUUUUCCGCUGAUUAUUAUCGCUUUACUGACGGGAGUAGCAGUAAGCGUGGGAAACUCUGUAAACUCACCAAAUGAUUGCCACUUUUGCUUUCAUCGGACCGAAGCCAAUUAGCGCUUCGGAGAACGUGUACAACUCGAUCGCCAUCUUGAAAUGUAUGUUUUUUUUUACAAAACCACUCAGCAUGCUACGUCUAAAGAGCGGACAGUGGAAUAGAAAGACUACACAACUGUAAAAGCUGCAAAUCAAGAAAUUACGCCUCUAGAAACUAGCGAGAUGCGCAAUAGAACGGAAGGAGGAACGGCCGAUGGCUGGAUAAUCAUCUUCUUUUAGCUGGAAUGCACGGCAAUGGCGACGAUAACGACUGUAAUCGAAUCCCAAAGUCAGCUCAAUGUCAGCAGUUCUCCACUCUCGAAGCGUAUUUGCGCACCCGAAUGCCCUCGAGCAGCGCCACCUGCACCCCUCUGCCUUCAAAACAAAACACAUCAACUUGUAUAAUAUUCUUGAACCUGUGAUGACUUUCUAUAUUUUUUUUGUUAUUUUUGUAUAAAAAAUGAUAUACUAAAAGUAAGUUUAUUUUGUACUUCCUUUGUAAAUAGAUCGAUAUUUUUUUUUGGAUUUAAGAAAAGAUAGAGGGCUUCAAUUGAUCCUACUUUCAAAAACUUCCUGUAUACUCACUCACUUACUGGCUGUUCGUUUUUAAGUAUGAAAAUUGUAAUCCCAAAAAGGUGAUUUUGAUUGAGCUAUCUUUUCUUAGCAGAGUGUACAUUUAAUAAUUGCAAAAAUAACUUAACAAGACUGACUUUGUACCGUUCCGCGUGGGUAACGAGGAAGCCGAUUCGUUUAGUGACCCGAAGUAGGCAUGUUGAUGAAUAGCGUGACAAUUGUUUCGUUUGCGAAUCAAAACACUAGCUUUAAGGUUUUAUAAGUUUAUAUUAGGUAUGUAAAUGUUUUGCGAAACACGAAAAAAAUAACUGAGAACAGUGGAAACUAAGAGGAUAAACACACACACAGAAACAAAGUAAACGCCGCGGAAAUGUAAUGAAGAAUCGUUAAUUUACUAACGACUGCCAUUUUAAGCAUAGUGAAAACAAUUUAUCCCCAAUUGAGCAAAAGAAUGGGAACCUGGGUAAGACUUAUACAAACACAAAAUGUGAAAUCGUGAAUCUUCUUCGGAGAGAACGAAUUUUAGCAAACCUCUUUUUACGUUUUUGUACAUAUAUCGACAUUUUUACGAGAUUGUAAAAAUAUUUACAAAAAAAAAACUUUUGAAAGCAUGCGCGUAUUCACCGUUUGUGCAAUGAUCCACGACAUAAGUGUAAUAACAUCUACUUGUGGUGAUUUUACAGAUUGACUGUGGUUGCCAGUGCAUUUUUUCCGGCGCUGGUGCCUACGGUUUACUGUCCAAUCGCCGAAUGCCCUUAGCCGGCCCAUUUAUCGGAAAAUUUUCGGAACAACUAUCAACUCUUGUAGGGUUUGUGCUCCGUGAUUUUGAGCUUUGACCAUUACCGGUCCAACGUUGGCAACGUAACGCAGGCUCAAGGAAUAAAAAACAAAGAAAAACGGCACCGCUUCUGGGAACCUUGUUGUUCAACUGUGAUUGCUGUAUGACAAAUGAUGCGUAACUUCAGUCUACUUUUUGUUGUUUAUCAGCGAUUUUUGGCUAUUUUGAAAUUGUUAAUUUUAGCGUUAUGUAAUAAACAUAUGCUGUCUAUGCUACUUCAAAACAUUUUCAGUGUAACAAAAUUACAGGAUUUCUUCUCUAUCCCUGUACUUCAGCUGCUAAUAUUUAUGCUGGUUAUUAGUAAUACGUUGCAACGUAUGCAACUGAUAGCUUAAUUAUCAGUACAUGGUAUCAAAUAUUUGACUGGGACCUGACAGCACUCCAAACAUCUGUUUGAAUAUUAGAGAAAUUCUGUCAGUGUCACACAAAUGUUUGGACUGCUGUCAGAUCCUUUCGAAUUACUUGACACCGUAUACUACAUGCUUUAGUAACCAUCACGAAUAUCUGCAGUUUAGUUGCACGAAGAGAUAAGAAACGCUGAUACCAUGUUUACUGUAAAUAUUAUGAAUUUUUGAAAAUAUCUACAGUUUACACGAUGAAAGAAUGAACAUCUCUUUGUCGUCUAAAGUUUUUCAUUCUUAUUUCAUGCAUUUCCUAUUCUUUCAAUGUUUUGCAAAAAAUCAUCAAAUUUUGAAUUUUUUUACGCUUUGUAAAAACGGGUGUUGCGAAAAUACUCUUCAAUCGCCAUGGUAACGUCGCUCGCUUGCUUUAACAAACAGUGUUGGCUUCUAGUGAUGGGAGCAAGCAUUUUGGCGAAAGUGACUCAUCUCUCUUUUUUCGGAUUUCUCGCAGCUACAUGCUUGCGCGCAUCCAAAAGACCACCGCAACGCCAGACAGUUGUUCCCCGUUUGGACAUGUUUGAACGUGUUUUUUUUUUCUUUCAGUACUGGAGUCCACUGCACAUGUCUUCUUUUGUAUGAACAGUAUGUACAAGUUACGCUCAUUUGUCAUUUGCUUAUGUAAAUUUGCAGAUAUCGGGCAAAUUGGAACAAAAUUAGGGAAGAUGUGCUGAACUGUGAUUUUGUGAUGUAAAUUUGAGUUAAGAAUUUCGUUUCACUCCAUUAUUAUCGGUGGGGCUGAAAUUGAGUUGGGAACAAGAUUUUCCGUGCUUGCAGACGAAAGUCCGGUAGAGAUGUAUCCGAUGUCUCUCAUGGGCGAAAAUAUGGACUGACUUUAAUAGUAGGAACAAAAACAAAAUGGUAGGAAUCAAUUUACAAGUGGUGCAAAAUAGAUCAUAUAUGAAUGUUAAAAAACGAUUCUGAAGGGAAGAGCCGACAAUGGCAAGAAUAUUUUCCGGUACCUGGGCAAAGUGCGUGAACGUGAUUUAGCUGCUAGGAGAUCUCUGCGCGCCGUGAUUCGAGCGCGGAGAAACGAAAAUGAAAACUAAAAUCGUGAUAUUUGAAAGUCAUACUUAUUAGUUUAAGGUCUCUUUGUGUGUAUUCCGAAACUGGAACAGAAUCAGCUAAUAUAUAAAUGUGUAUACAGAACGUGUCUGUCGCGCGUAUUAUGUGGAACAAGUCAAUCAUGUUUAUUUAACAAAACGCCAACAACCACUCCACAUCAACAGCAAAAAGUACUAGCGAUAGAAAAAGUGAGAAAAUGGAUGAUUUUUUUUAUAAAAACAAAUGGCAACAUCAACAACCCUGAAAAGUCUGAGAAUGUUUAGUUAGCUUUUUUUUCUUGAAUAGGAACAAGCAGAGAGAGGUUAUAUUAGGAGGAAGAUCAAGAUUUGUUGUGAUUAAUAAAAUAAACUGAUUAGUAGAAAAAUGAUGACCUACAAGAACGCUUAUUGAAUAUAUUUGAAUGUGAUACUAUAUAUUUUUAUACAUUUGGAUACAAAUGCAAAACGGCUAAGAAACGAGAGACAUCAGUGCUAAAUUUUUAACCGCAAUCGUCAAAUCCAACUAAACCAGUACAAUAAAAGCUAGCAUGAACGCAUAUAGAGGUUAUAUACAAAACAGAUACACAAACAUCAAUAUCAAGAAAAUGACAUACGCUACGAAACCGAGAAACCUGGAUUAACACAAGACCAUACACAAUAACAUUAACAAAUGAAAAAGCAAAAAAAAAUAACCAUCAGUCCAUUUGCCACGAAGAAAUGGAAAAACCAACAGAAUUGUGAUCGUUAAUACAUGAAAGCAGAAGCGUAAGAGUCCAACCUAGAGAUAUCAGCUACUUUUUAUAUUGCAGAGAAAGAGAGUUAAAAUUCUAUUUAUAAAAAAAAUAUUAUCACAUUCAUGGAUAUAUUUACCAGUAAUCAUUUUUUGAAUAAGAAUAAAAAACCAAAGCAAGAAACAAAAAAAAAACAACGCGUUAUCACAGUUUUAAAAUUAUCCGAAUUCUGUCAUUUGUUUUUACCUCCGUGCCAACCAGUUAUCAUCAUCGUCGACGGAAAGUUCCUAAAAUUUCCUGUGAAAAAAAAACAGCUGAAUAAAAUGCGAACGGUUUUUCGUUUUUUCGGGCAACCUUUUCGCCAGAAACUCGCGAAUUCGUGACAUUCGAAGCUGGUAAAGUCGUGAUUUCGCAUAAAACACGGACUCAUCGAUUUUGCGUUCUUUUUUUCAUUUUCUUGUUCGCUAUCAGCAGCCAACGAUCGAUUCCCCAGGAAGAAAUCAAACGUCACCCCCUCAGUCCCAAGAGAGCAGUUUGUUAAUUGUUGAGGUUGUAGGUUUUUGAAAGACGCCACCGCCGCCAUGUUCGAUUUUGGACGGAGGUCAGCGGCCAUUGCGAAGGUUCGCUUCAAAUUCGUUUUGACGUUCCACUUGUCAAAUUUGACAGCCAUUGGCGCUCGUCCUUGGUCGAAUGUUCCGUUUAACCACUGCUGUUUCUACCAUUAACAACCAAUUUCCGACUCGAAUGUUUCCGAAGAGUUUGUUUUGUGCGUAAGUGCUAGUCAAGUGUUAGAAUAAUUUGUGAGAGCAUAUAGUUCCUAAAGUGUGUUUCGUCUUCCCGUGGAAUCGGUUGGUUUGCUGAGGUUUUCGUCACUCGGACCGAGGUGAAAGCAAAUGACAUUUUUCAUAAACCAACUGAAAGAAGAUCAGAGAACUCAGAACUCGUGUGAUUGUCGGUGUGAAAAUCGGUCUUAUAAAGUUUGCUCUAUUCUGUUAGUUUGUGAACGGAAAAGGUCUAUUCACGAUCCAGAACCAGACCGUUUGGAAGGUCGUGGUGAAAUACUCGUCGGUGGAAAAAUAUUGUUUUAAAUAUUUUUACGAUCGAAGAGAAUCGUCAGAAAGGGGAGGGAGUGUAUAAGCUUUUAUAAUAUUUAAAUACAGAGUGGAAUCAUUCGUUGAAGUUCCAUGAUAUACAUACGAAAGAAUACAUUCAUACACAAACAUACCUUCAUCGCAAGAGUUAGCCAACCAAAUCAAAAACUGUUCGAAAGAGAAGAUCGUGGUAUAACCACGGGUAGAUUGUGCGUGUAUUUUGUGGCUUGGAUAAAGAUGAUGGGAAACGAUGAAAAGAAGAGGUAGCAAAGCAUAAGACUUUAAUAAUCAAAACGUACAAAUUACUUAGUAACUCGUUUUUAUAUAGAACAACAUAUAUAAGCAGAGAGGUACUGACCACAAACGAAAGAGGAAUGUAAGAAGCUAGCAGAGCAAAAAUAUUAUGAAAGUUUAUGAGACAACCGAUACUACUACCCGCCCCGGUGAAAUAAUAAAUUGUUAAGAAAGUCCAUCUUUUGAUUUCAAUACGGUUCAAGGACCGUAAUUUUAAAAUAGUUAGGAUUCGGUUAAAAUCUUUAAACAAUGUCGUGCACAGAAAAGUAAAAUUUUGCUGAUGUUGUUGUGGAAUUUUCGAAGAUUUUUCAACAAACUUUGUUAAAAAAAGUAAAUUCUACAACAAAGUAAGCAUUAAGGAACAAAAUCUCAUUUAUUUUUCCGUGUAGGUAGUGACACUCAGAGAAAAAUAUUCAAAAAACCAGAACUCAAUGGAUUUAAAGACAUAAGUAGUUCUUCUCAGAUACCGCAAAAUUUCUGUGAAAAUUUGUUUUGACAAAACAAUAGAACGACGAUCUACAUUUUCCAAUUAAGACAAUUUUGCUGAUAUUUGAGAUAACAGUUGUGUGCAUAUAUUGAGCU